AUGUCUCCAGCAGGGAUAUGCAGUUGUAAAAGCCUGAAAGGUAUGCGUUUGAACGUACCGCGUGCCAUCAGGGUUGGCCAUUCGGUAACCUUGGGUUGCGAGUACGACCUUGAAGAAGCCCCCCUCUACUCUGUGAAGUGGUACCGGGACGGGGACGAGUUUUACCGAUACGUGCCAAAAGAAGCGCCCCCUACACGAGUGUUCACCUUAUCGGGGCUUCAUGUAGACGUAAGCAUUGUAACAGAUAAUGCCGCAGCUAUGAAAGGUUCGUGGGCUAUAAUUCAAGAAACAUAUCCACAUAUUUUGGCAUAUGGCUGUUUAGCACAUGGUUUAAAUUUACUGGCUAAGGACUUUGCUAAAAUCCCCACAGUGAAGAUGGUUAUUAAUUCUGCCAAGGAUAUUGUGAAAUUUUUCAACAAUAAACAUCUUCCAAAAGGAGUGGUUAAACCCAAAAAACACUGA